AUGGCUGUGUCUGUCCCUACCUCUGCAAUUUCCACCAGCCCUAUUUUAUAUUAUUUAGCGGGACAAUCUAAGUCUCAAGUUCCUGACCACAUUGUUUGGGAUGGUAAUGUCAACAGGAGUGAUGUUUCCAUUAUUAUAAAAAAUACUGAUUUUAAAGAUAAUGGAACCUAUACCUGUCAAGUGAUCAAUCCAUCUGACUUCAGUAAGACUGCUGCAGAAAUUCUCUUGAAUGUUGUUGAACAAGGUUCUUUACCCAAACAUCCCAUCAUUGCAGGUGCAGUCAUUGGAGCAGUUGUAGGAUUACUGCUAAUUAUUGGCAUUGUGUACUUUAUCAAGAAAAAGAAAGAUGACCAACGGAAUGCUUAUAUUAGUUCUAUAGAAAAUGUCUUCCCAACUGAACAACCUCUGAGAAGUUCAGCAGUAUCAGGUGUGAAGGACUCAAUGAAUCAUAGUUCUGUUGGCCCAUUCCAGGGGCCAGUAAUUUACGCUCAACUAGAUCAUUCCGGACAAAGACAUUCCAACAAAAUCUACAAGUCUGAUUCAGUAGUUUAUUCUGAUAUCCAGAGAUCUUGAUUUAUAAAGUCGCAAUGUAUUUAACUAAAUAAUCUGAACAGAGGAACAGGUAUGAGUAGCUGAAAUGCCAGCUACUGUUUGAUUUGUUUUUUUUUCCUGUAACAUCUAGUAGUUGAUUUUCUGGAGAGGGAAAAACUAUUUUAAGUUUUAAAAAUGUGAUAAUAAGGGACCAUGGUUAGGAUGGUAAUCAUCCAUUUGUGAAAAUAUAUCAGGCUUUAUUUGGAAAGCUACAGUGAAUUGGGAAUGGAUCUGCUUUUCUUAGUAGCUUAAAUCUGGGGAUUUGCCACAUCCAAGUGACUUAAUAACUGAUGCAUUAUGUUAUGAACAGGUGAGGAGAAGUCACAGCUUUCCUCUUUUUAACCAACAUUUUUAACAAGAAAUUCUUCUUUAUCACGUAACUAUUGCACUUUAAACUUAGUUAGCCAGUUCAAAAGUGAAGGACAGCAAAAUCCAAAGUUUUCUCAGGCAAAAGAGGAUGGAGUAUUAAUGCCUAUUACCCCAAAACAAGUGAUAAUAAAAUUCAACAACCAACAUAAAUACAACAUAAAUACCAAUGCUGAAAAUCAAAGAAAAGUAGGUGGGGGUGUGUACUAAAGACAGAAAAGACAAGGUAUGAUCUUAAGAGUCCUUUGGUUUGAAAAAAUGAAAAGACCUGAGUCCAACUAUUUGGCUACUUCUUGUUUUGUUUCCUUUGCAGUGGUGAAGCUCAGAUAAUCUAGCGUUCUCAGGAAAUCAUUGUUGUUCCAAGUUGCUUUUCAUCAGCUGGUUUCUCAGUUGGACGGAGAUUAUGAGAAGCAGGCAGUGGGAAUAGUUCCCCGUAUUCAUGCUGUUAGCAGUCUAUGUUGUUUUCUCCCUUCUGCUUUUUGCUUAAGAGCUUACUGUUAAUGUGCUGUCCCUUUGCUUAUUCUGGUGUCUGUGUAAUUGUUUCAUUUCAAGCUUGAUAGUUAUAAACAACUUUUAAUGGGAGAAAAAUAUAUGAAAAUUUUGUCACGCCUCACUAAAUUUCACAGCCUCUUGAUUAAAAUGGUAAUUUCAAAGUAGCUGGUUUUAUAUAUUUUGUGUGGGUUUCCUGUGCUUGGAUGAUGGUCACAGCAGCUAUUUUAGGUGAGCAGUAUUCUUUUAGUCCGUGAAUUAAAGUCAAGUGAUGCAAGUUGAAUAUUGGUAGCCCAUUUUCACUGCAAUCAUAACAGUUAUAAAACAUUUCUAAUACGUGGGCCUCAGCAAACUUGUGCUUCCCUUUAACUCGUGUGACUGCAACCUUACUCGUGUCAUUUCUGGCUGUGAUAACUGUUCCAGCAAAGAUUUGAGAGUUUACACUCUGAAAAACAGAAACAAAUUGAUAAUGCUGUCUUGCUAUUCUAAAUAGAAUACGUAUUUUGAGGAGCAAAAUAUGCCUACUCUGGAAAUUUUCAGUAUCUUCCACUCCAGAUCACUCGUGCAAUUAUCUGGACUACCGACUAGAAUUGGAGAAUGUGGAGAAUAAUAAUGUAGUCUGCACAUUUGAGUUAUAAUUCAAAACAUACACUACCACUGACAUUUUGCAAAAUAUUGCCUACUGCAAGAUUGGUUAAAUUAGUGUUUUUAUUCACUUAGGUGUUAUCGUUAUGGAUGAUGCUACAGUGAAAUAGAUUUUCUAUAACAGCAUAAAGCUGAUUUCAGAAAGCUUUGGAGCUUCAUGGUGACAAUGUAGGCAAGGUCUUAUAUUGAGGCUAAGCUUUACUUUAAAACCAUGCCAUUUGAUAAAUAGAAUUAAUUCACUGGCUUUUACCAUCACUUAUUAACUUGCAAAACAAGAACACAGUGGAACAUUCUUCACUAUUCAGCAUUUUGAAAUGCAUGUUAGUGAAAUGAAAUUUGAGUAGUAGAGACUUUGGAUUUUUAGACUUGUCAUAUUUAUGGAUCACUUCUUACAUCUGUAAAAGCUUGACAAAUCAUACAUUUACAUAGAUUGCUUGUUGCAUACCUGCUGAAUAGCUCAGAUAAUCAACAGCUUUAGUUUCUGUAAAUUUUGGGUAAUUAAAAUUGACAUUAUUGUACAGUAUUUAGGAUUCAAAACUAAAAUAGUAAAGCAUUCUAAUAAAAGCAAGACCUUUCAGGCAUUUAAUAGAUGAGCAAGAUAAAGUCUCAGGAGAUGAUGCUGAAUUGAUGCCUUGCUUCAGUCUUCACCAAAGAGGCUGAGAAGAGUUAAAAUGGCCAAUCUGGAGAGAGGUCCCAACUGUUAAGAUAGAAAAAAGGAUACUAAACAGUGAUUUAACUGUAGUAGAACAGCUUGGGUAAGGGCCUAGUAAUGUUUGGAGCACAAUCUUCAAUACUAUUGCUAAUCUGGAGAGAGGUCGCAACUGUUAAAAUAGAAAGAAGAUGUCAAAUAAAUGUAGCCGCAACUUGAGAACGAGCUGCCUCUUGUAUAUUAGCACAGAUUUUGUAUUGUCUGUUCCUAAUAGAUAUAUUGUUUUAUGUCUAUAAAAUUUCAAAUUUUAAAAUAUGUCAUUGAUUUGUACUUUUUAAAAUUCUUGCCCUUUUUAUGAGUUUGGGGCUGGGGGAAAGUCAGCAGAGAGAGAUAGAGGAGUCGAGGAUGUAAUGUCGGUAAUGCAGGGGAAGAAGCAACGGCAACAAAUAGGUUUGACCUGGAAUGACAAUGCUCACACUGCAAUCACCAACACAGAUGGCAAUUUGAUUGACUCCAAUUGAUAUCAAGAAGCAGUUGAAGGCACUGGAUGCUGCAAGAUAUAUGAGCCCAUAAUCGCCACAUUCCAGUAGUAUUGAAGAUUUGUGCUCCAAAAAUUACUAGACCCUUACACAAACUGUUCCAGUACAGUUAAAUCUCUGGCAUUUGUACGCCAACAUGGAAAGUUGCUCAGUCUGGCCAAUUACUAUCCCAUAAGUCUACUCUUGAUCAUCAGCAAAGUGAUCGAAAAUAGUUUCAGAGGUAGUAGGAACUGCAGAUGCUGGAGAAUCUGAGAUAACAAGGUGUAGAGCUGGAUGAACACGGCAGGCCAAGCAGCAUCAGAGGAGCAGGAAGGCUGACGUUUCGGGCCUAGACCCUUCUGACAGUGGCAUCAAGUGGCAUUUAGUCAACCCUAAUCUGAUCCCAGUGCCUAGCUUGAGUUAUGCUGGGGUCAUUUGGCUCAAGAUCUCUCUACAGCCUAGGUCCAAACAUGGACAAAAGAGCUGAACUGAAAAGAACAUGAUUAGUCGCCCUUUACAUGAAGACAGUAUUUGACUGAGUGUUAUAUUAAGGAAACUUGGUAAAAUCUAGGUCACUUGGAAAUGGAAGGGUGGAGAAACUCCUCAAUAGUUGGAGUCAUACUAAGUAUAAAAGAAGGUGGUUGUGUUUGUUGGAAGCCAAUCAUCUGAGCCUCCUGAUAUUCUGCAGGAGAUCUUUGGUUUAUGUCCUAAACCCAACCUCAGUUGCUUUAUCAAUGGCACCUUCCAUCCAUCACUAGGUAAAAAGGGCAGAUAUUUGCAGUUAAUUGCAUUAUCAUUUGUAACUUUAAAGAUACUGAAACUAUCUGUGCUCAUAACAGCAAGAGCUGAACAGUGUUCAGGCUUGGACUGAAAAGUUCAAGUAACUUUUAUUUCACACAGUAGCAAUGAUCGUCUCCAAGAAGAAAAUCUAACCAUCUCCCCCUGAUGUUUAAGGGCAUUGGAGUGAUUGUAACAAGGUCAUCCAGGUGGAUUUCGUGGAAUGCAAGUUCCCUGAUUGGGGCUGUUAUUCUAGUUAAAUCAGAGAGCCCUGGGUGACAAAUAAGAAGGGAAGUGGCAGAGAUACUGACACUCUGAUAGCUGACUCUGAAGAGGCAGUACAGAAAUCAAGGACUGUUCGUGUGUAAAUGAAGGGUGACAUGGUGAUGGGAUACUGGCCUCUGGUGUUAUUUCACUGAAUUCUCUACUGUCAACAUUCUGGGGUUACGAUUGACCAAAAACUGAUUUAGACCAGAACAUAAAUACUGUAGAUACAAGAACAGGUCAGAGAGCAGGAAUUCUGAGGCAAGUAAUCUCUUGACUCAAAGCUACAAAGCCUCCCCAUCCUCUACAAGACACAGUUUAAGCAUGAUAUUCACUUAUUUGAUGGCUGCAGCUCCAGCAACAUCCAUGACAAUGCAGUCCACUUGAUUGGGCCCCAUCCAUCAAUUUAAACAUUCACACAUAACACAGUGUCAGGUCUGCACCAUGUGCAAAAUGCAUGCAGCAGCUCAUUGAUUCUCCUUAGCAGCACCUUCCACACCACUUCUACCAAGCUGAACGGACAAGGCCAGCAAACGUGUGGGAGUGCUGUCAUUUCACAUUUCCCUCCAAACCACAUGCUGUCCAAUUUGGAACUAAAUUGCUGUUCCUUCACUUGCUGGAUAAAAGUCCUGCAACUCCCUUCCUCACAUCACUGUGGGUAUACCUGCACCAAUUCAACUGUAGUAGUUCUAAAAGGUAGCUCACUAUCCACGACCUCAAGUGUGAUUAGAGAUGGACUGCACAGGUUGGCCAUACCAGUAAUACCCACAUAUCUUGAAAAAAUUAUUUUAGUAGUUUUGUAUGUGAAUUCUAUUAUAAAAGCAGAUAGUUAACCCCUUGUCAGCACAUAAAUGAAAAAUUUGAAGAGACAGCCUUUGUAUUUACGUACUGUGGUCACAGCCAUUAACUAAUGCAUGGAUGAAGGCCUCUGCGGUGAAUGCCUGUGCAAAAAUAAUAUAUUUUGUGACUUUUUUUUUCUUUCUAGCUUUAUGCUAAACUGAUUUUUUUUAGUUGCUAUUUUGUCCCUUACUGACUGAAGUAGAAUGUUGCUUGUAAUUUUUUUUUGCAAGACAACCACUGCCAACUAUUGUGUUGCUAUUUGCAGUCUCAUUUGAAGUUCAGCUCUAGUAUCUCAUGUUUAAUUACUAGCUAAUUAAUUCACUAUGCCUUUUUCCCCCAAAUUGCUUAAAUUACACUUCUCUGGAAACUAGUCUGUAACUAGCUUGGAAUUCCCGAACAGCAUUGUGGGUCUACAUACGGUGCACGGACCAUAGUCUUUUAAGUAGGCAAAUCACCACCUCCUCCUCCAGGGUAACUAGAGAUGGGCAUUAACUGCUGACUCAGCCAGUUACAGCUACAUCUCAUGGAUGAACUAAAGAAAGCGUAUUAUUGGACACGACAGUUACACCAGUCCAGGGGUCUUUGGUUAGUGUAGGAAAAGAGAAUGUGACCACAUGAUAUAUCUGCAAUGGUGGGUGAGCAGCUGACCAGAUACUUAAAUAGCCAUAUUAAUUGUGUUUAGCAAAACUUCUUGCUAAGAGGAGUAAGCUAACUCAUGUGAGAAUAUAAUUGGAGGUACCUUGGUGAAUGGUGAAUCAUUCUUUGGUUCAAUAGUCUGAUAAGGAGUUAAAACAUUUAGUCUGGUUAGAUGGCCUUAUCAACAGCCUUAAGAAUUAAUGUCUGAUACCCGACAGACAAUAAGGUUCCUGACUAAGUGAAAUGUCUGAGUGUCUAACUCUUCAUAGGGAGCUGGAGGACGCAAUAAAAGAAUUGUCCUUAAAUUGCUGUGAUGAAGUGAUUGGUUAAGGACAAAAAUCACACAUUAGGGUUGUAAGGACCCCAGAGUAGUAGAAAGAUAACUUGAGGCUGGGCUUCUCUCCAUGUCUGAAUAAAAUAACUCUAUGUACAAUAGGACAUUUUUUAUUUAAAGGAUAAACUUUACAGGACUGUAAUUUCAUUGUGAUGCAGAGGACUUCUAUGAGUAGAGCCAUGCAGACUUCAGUCAGACACCCUUAGUUCAAAGAAUUAGAACAUAGGUUUCACUCUAUAUAUUUAAAAUUCCCUCACUAGAUGGCAUUCCAAAUAAAGCUGAUAGAAAUAUACUGCAAUCAAAGCUUCAUUGACUAUUCUAACAAUUACAUUUUGCUACCAAGUCUGAAUUCUGCAAUUGAUGUUUUCACUUUAUAUAUAUAUAUAUAAUAUAGACCAAUGGAACCUGUUUUCAGCUUUGCUAAUUAUUUUAUUGUCGCUCAUUUUAUAUUUAGGUCAAGAUUAUCGAACUAUAGCUUCUGUUUGCUUUAUAUGCAACCUUUGAAAAUAUCAAAAUUAUGUAAUAACCUGUGUGUAUUUCCAAGUAUGUAAAUAUGCAAGCUCAAUUAUCUGCAAUGCCUGUCAUUUGCCUUAAAUAAGGAAAAAUGGAUUGUAAUUGCAUAUUGGUACAAAUCAGAAAAAUCAUCUUAUUUAAAUAUUUAAUUUCACUUGAUGUAAUCUGAAUUUUGAAGACAAACAUUCCAGAUAGUCUAUUUGUAAAAUCCAUUUGGUAGAUGCCACUUAGGAAUCUAUGAAAAGAUUAACAAAUUCGAUCAUGACUUCACUCAAGGCACAUGCCUUACAACUACUGUAACAGUAUUUAGUAAAUAAGUAAGAAAAAGGUGAUAAUGAUCAUUUCUCAGGAUAACAAAAGCAAAUUUGUGCAGUGAAGUUAGUGCACAUAGGAAGUCCAAGAGGGAAAUCUAAAUGGGUUCUACAGAGAAGUGAUCAAUUCACUGAUGCAGUAGCUGUGAUGGUUUGCUUCUACAUUAUUCUUGAGUAGCAUGUACCUUAAAUUGAUAUUCUUCGUUAUGUAAUGUCUAAAAUUAUAUUCUACCAAUCUUGUAUUCAAAGUCUUGUUCAGAUAUUCUAGAAUUGCUGAAGUGCAUAUAAUCAGUUUGUUUGCUAAAUUGUUUUGCCUAUAAACUGUUAUCUACUUGUCUUAACUACAAGAAUUUAUUUCAUUGUUAAAUAUGAAGGAUAUUUGAAAUUUUAAAUGUAUAAAGAAAACGUUUUACCCCAAGGCUCAUGACUGUUUGUUUGACAGAAUUUCACAAAAUUGAACAAAAUAAAUUACUUCAAAAACUGAAAGAAUUGCAGAUGCUGGAAAUCAGAAAUGAAACCAGAAAUUGCUGGGAAAACUUAGCAGAUCUGGCAGCAUCUGUGGAGAGAAAUCAGAUUUAACGUUUCAGGUCCAGUGACCCUUCUUCAGAACACAAAUUGUUAUGAGGAUUAUCAUGUAAAUGCUUUCCAUGCUUUUAUUUUACAGGAUGAGACCUAUUGAUUUCCACUGGUGGCAUAUUUGUCACCACUAAAAUUUGUAAGAUUUGCUGCUGCUGGAUGGAUUAUUUCAAUAAAGGAUUGUCCUAGGAAUUUUAUAUGAAGAUAUAGUAGCCUUCACCACUAAGAAUGUUCUUGCUAACUUUCUGGUUAAUUUUGGACAUUAAAACAAGUAGAUUUAUCAUGAAGACAUGGUGGAACAGUUUGGCUUGUUAAUUGCAUCUAUGAAAAAUUGUCACCGACAUUGCCUGGAGGCAGGAUCUUACUUACUCAGAUUGUGUAAAGCUCGUCUAUAAAGAGUUGUUCAUUAUUACCAAACAGGAGUACGAUCAACUUUUACCGUAAAGUUUUUUCUCUUAUCCAAAAAUAUAUGCUUUCUUUCUCUUUA